AUUGGUCCUUCAGAAAAUGAAAAUGACAUUAACCAAGAUGGCGCUGGGCGACACAGAAAAGUGAUGAGAGAAUAGAACAACAAGCGAUACAACUAUAAAAUAGUGUGCACUUGUGUACCUUGUACGACUUUUUUUUAAAACAGGCCUCAAUCUUAUCAUCGGGAAACUGUCAAGCACGUGUCGAGGGACCGCACUGGUCUACAGAGAUAUAAUUAUUCAGCUAACUGUUUGCUAACUAGCUGCUAAAGCAGCUAGCAUAGCUAACGUUCGCUAACUGCGGAAGGCGAGUGAGGAGAAGGCAGCUCGAAGUACAAGCCGACAAGUCAAGCUGAUUUUUUUUAUCAAGCGACCUCUCCGUUUGAUACAUUAACUACCCUUAACAGAGUUUGCAGCACAUCCAUACAAAGGGUCGAUCAGGAAACUAACGUUACACGUCUGAUAAGGAAAGCAGAAAAAGACGAGGAAAGGUGUCAUCUUUGCUGAUCUGACGCCAUGGCUCUUUCCCCUAUUCAGAGUGGGCUGCCGGGGAUUCAGAAUUUCAGAGCUGAUCCAGAAGAGUAUUUCACCAAGAUGGACAGAAUAGGAAAAGGCUCUUUUGGCGAAGUUUUUAAGGGCAUCGACAGUCGGACUCAGAAAGUCGUGGCCAUUAAAAUUAUUGACCUGGAAGAAGCGGAGGAUGAAAUCGAAGACAUUCAACAGGAAAUCACCGUUCUCAGCCAGUGCGACAGUCCCUUUAUCACCAAGUAUUAUGGAUCCUACCUAAAGGGUACAAAAUUAUGGAUUAUUAUGGAGUAUUUGGGUGGAGGAUCAGCCCUGGAUUUGUUGGAACCCGGUGCCCUGGAUGAAACGCAGAUUGCCACAAUUCUGAGAGAGAUCCUGAAAGGUCUCGAGUAUCUGCACUCUGAAAAGAAAAUCCACAGAGAUAUCAAAGCUGCCAACGUGUUGCUGUCGGAACAAGGCGAAGUGAAGCUGGCUGACUUCGGAGUGGCGGGCCAGCUGACAGACACCCAGAUAAAAAGAAACACAUUUGUUGGUACUCCUUUCUGGAUGGCACCUGAAGUCAUAAAGCAAUCUGCCUACGACUCAAAGGCCGACAUCUGGUCUUUAGGAAUAACGGCAAUAGAACUGGCUAAAGGAGAGCCGCCGCACUCUGAGCUUCAUCCUAUGAAGGUCUUGUUCCUCAUCCCAAAGAACAAUCCCCCAACACUGGAAGGAAACUACAGCAAACCACUGAAAGAAUUUAUUGAAGCCUGUUUAAAUAAGGAGCCUAGCUUUAGGCCAACUGCCAAAGAGCUGUUAAAACAUAAGUAUAUUGUAAGGCAUGCCAAAAAGACGUCCUAUCUUGCAGAGCUGAUUGACAGAUACAAGAGGUGGAAGUCAGAGCAGUCCCGGGAAGCAUCCAGCUCAGAUGACUCUGACGAAGAGGCAAAUGGCCAGGCCUCUGGAGGAGAUGACGCUGGCAAUGAUGACUGGAUCUUCAACACCAUCAGGGAGAAGGACCUCAGAAAGUUUCAGAACGGGGCAGCACAGGCUGCUGAGCUCGAACAGAAACAGGUGCAGGAGAGUUCAAAGAGGCCUUUGUCACAAAGCUUGGAAACAAUUUUUUCUCCAUUGUUUACUGAGUUGAAAGAAAAGGGAGAGACACGUAAUGGCAAGCCGGAGGCUGCAGAGGCGCUGCGGGAGGCCAUUUUCCUGGCAGAAGAAACGCACCCAGGGAUCUGUGACUCCCUUGUAGCUGAACUAGUGCAGAGACUUCAGAGGUUUUCUGUGCCACAGGCAGCUGCCAGUCACUGAAAGGAGCUGCAUCCAGCUCUGCUCUAAAUGUCCACCCUGGUGGCAGCAGUCAGACCUUUUCUCUGACCUCUACAGCCUGAAUGAAGUCUCCCAGGAAGGUCUCCAUCACUCAUUUGCCUGAAGCAAAUCUUGGCCUACUUAAUGUCUGUUUAUACGCUAGCACACCACCAGAGGGUUCCUAUUAAGGACAGUCAGUGGCCAGCCACUCUGCUGCUUCCACGACUGCCACCUGCUGUAAGAUGUCCCCUCUCAAUACCUCCUUCACAACUGUUUUUAUUUUUAAUGAUUGAGUCAGCUAUCUUUCUGCAAGGACUCUUGAGUUAUUGGUUUUGGUGAGUGUGUGUGGCUUUUUUCUCAAAGGUUUACACUCUGUAUCCUUUUGGAGAAAGUACCUUGCUUAAUUAAUUGUGUGCAUGUGUGUGUGGCUGUGCGAGAUACCCUGUGAAAUGUGCGGUGAAGAAUGACGAGUGGGUUGAAGCAUUCUAUUGAAAACUCAGGUAUCCUGCUUUAAGUGGAUUGGUUCCUCUGGGAGACUGAAAGAGCUCUAGGGUGGUUGUACAGUCUUGUAAAUAAGCUAAUUUCUACAGAUUCAUGAAAAAAUUAUGGAGCGUUUCUAAUGGAGCCACUGUGUACAAAUGGCCAAAUGCAAACUGUAGAUAAUGGUUGUGAGGUAAAUAUUUUGAGAGACUAAAAUGGCCAUACAUGAGAUUGCCUUGCCUUUCUACUUGUUCUUUUGUAUAUCGGUCUUUGAUUUCUCCAGUUGUAAAACUUUUCAAAUACUCACCCAGUGAAUGAAAAAUGUCUGCCCUCUUAUCAUGUUUUACUAUUGAUUUAUUAUACAUUUCUUAAUUCUCUUUAACUUUUUGGUUUCACGCUCGAUGCUGUGGCUUUAAUAAUGUUGGAGAAUGUAAAAAACAAAAGGCUGGAUCCAUGAAGCCCCCACCAGUUCGAAACACUGGAUGCUCUGUUGCCAGCCCCGAUUCCACAAGGCCUCGAGUUGUGUUGGUUUGUUGGACUUUGCCUCACCCUUCUUUUUUUGCUGUGUGUUUUUGACUGGUUAGAUAAACUGAGGUUUUGUCCAUUCAUUCCAUUAACUGGGCAAUGCCAUCAUCUAGUUUAUAAAUCAGCAGACUCUGUUAGUCUUCCUAGGAGCUGCAGUGGUACUAUCUAUCUCCUCAGCGUACCUACAGCUUUAAUUGCACUUCAAGUAUAAAUGCCUUUUUGACUAUAAACAAAGUAGCCAUAAAACAGUAGCACGAGACUUAGAGUAUUUUGCAGGUAUGCUAACUGGGACAAAAAAAAAGUCCACCUGAAGUCUCACAGCUUGGACUCUAGAAUUGGUCAUGCAGUGUAAUAUUUGCCUGGCUGUAUCUUUCCAUUUGGACUUCUGAAAGGUUUUUCAGUUGUACAGUAAAUGCAUAUAGACAAAGACUUCUCGCAUAGUAGAUAAUAUGGCUCUCAGAUGUACAUAUUAACAAGAAGCCACAAGGUGUUCAGAGACCAGCGGCACUGCGACUACUUGUGACGGUAGUUUAAAAGGAAUGUGCAUGAUAGUAUAACAGUAUAAAAGCCUAUUGGUUGGCCUGACCAGUAUGCGUUGUAGCAUACUGCUGCAGGACUGGAGGAAUGUUGAGUCCUCCUAAACAGAGUCGAAUCAGCCUUAGAGUAUUUGUGAUGAAUGGGGUGAAUAGUAUCAGCUUUAAAAUGUUAGAUUCAAUGCUUUUGUUGUCUUUUUUCUUCCCCCCCCCUCCCGCCUCCUCUGGUAUUGAAAUGCAUAUGCAGCAAUACUUUUAAAAGACAAAUGAUAAAAGAUCAAAAAUAAUUUAUUUCAUUCCUGGCCAGUAUGACACAUGUGUGAACAAAUUGUCUCCUUUUUUUUGUAUUAUCAGACUAGAGGAAUUUUCAUAAUUCUUAUGAAGUCAGAUGAUAUAUUGUUUCUGCAAUGGGCAAUACACGGUACCACAGAAAACAGGGCAAGUUAAAGAGAAAGUUCAACAUUUGGGAAAUACGGUUAUUUGCUUUCUAUUUGUCUGUUAAAUAUGCGGCUAUGCCGGUUCGCUUAGUUAACACUUAGUAGCCCGGCUCUGUCCACAAAAUCCGCACUAUUUCUUGGCUUGGACCAGAGACUUCCUGUCUCUGCUGAUUACCAAGCGACAGAAUAAAAACAGAUUUGUUGCUAUGCUAGCUUUAGCUUCAUAUUUCCCCAAACCUUCCGCCAGAGCUGAUGAGCGGAUCUCCCAUUAUGUCAAAUUAUUCUUUUAACUCCUUAUAUUGUAAGUUAAAUGGAACUUUUCUCUCAAAAUACAUGACAUGUUUUUCACAGUUUUAAUGAGUAAAAGUCCAAAUGUAUUGUUCAAAGUAAAGAUUGGUUAAUCAAGUAAAGGUACCAGACUCAAUGAUUUCUAUUUUCACUCCGUUUCUGUUUUCUGCUCUUCUAUGAACAAUGACUCCGCUCUCAAUUCAAACUUCUCAUGUGAAAUGUGCCAUGGAAGUCCUCCAUCCAAAACGGAGACAAAUUAAAUUUGCACCUUUUUACAUGGUCGAUUAUGACUCCUUAUCUUUAAUAUGUUGCACUUUUCAGAUUUAUUUUGCUUUUUUUUUUUUUUUUUUUAAAUGGUACUUAAAAAGGCGACUUGUGUUGCAAUUACACCAGUUUUAUUUUAUGUUUCCCCCUUUUUGUAUGUUGUUGUAUGGCAAUAAAGCAGUGUGAUCACCAGGAGUAAUUUCUUAGCACAAGUAGGCAUAUAUUCUAUUAAACUAUUUUUAUAACCCAAAAGAGCAGUAUUAUGUAAUAGAGGGAGUGAAGUUUGGUUCUGUGAUGUGUUAAAGUUUCAGUAUACACUGGAUAGCAAUCACUUGAAAUGUACAUUUCGUUUUGUGACUUUGCUAACAGUUUAUAGUCCAGUAUACAUGUUUGCUAAUUCAGGACAAUGCUGUUGGAUUUAUUGAAAGUUGUCAAAUGAUUAAGGAAAAAAUAAAAAUCAAUUACAAAUUUGAUGAA